CAUCUGUGCGCAACAACACCCUCUCCCCGCUUCCUCCCACUCAUACAGGAGGUGCCGCACAUACCCUGGGGCCAUCGCAGUAUCUGCCAGAUCAAAUGUAAUGCCAAAAAUGUAAGAUUAAAGGUAUUCCUUGGUAACAUUUCAACCGUAAUGGCCCUUUCCUUGGAGUUGAAAACACAAAUCACGUAUUAAAGCAGCCAAACAGAGCAACUUGUCAGCUCAUGCUCACAGCGAGAAAGUACGUCGUUCGUACUUCAAUGGUAGAGAUAAACAGCUUGAUUUCCCAUUCUUCCUAUGAACUACGGUUCCUAUACACUACCGAAUGCAUGGAUAUCACAAGGUCAAUCCUAUAAGACUACCCGUCUAUCUCAACGGUAGGUCCCUCCGUCAGGAAAUCCCUCCCAAUGACGUGAUGAAUGUCUGUAGAAAAUAGUUACUUCUUCGGGUAGAGGAUGUUUUCUAGACUUUCCAUAUUGUUUAGGAUCAGCUCUGUCUCCAAGAAAAAAGUGUCGGAAUAUGAUCUGAUCUGGAAAUAUUGCGAGGUCAAUCGAUCAUUUCCAGAAAAAUAACGCCUUGGUAGAACCCCGCCCCCGCACUCCAUAUUCCCCAGGAGUACCAUGCUAUCAGGUAGAUCCGGCCCGUUCAUUUCCAAAGACUCGCCCUGAGGCGUCAAGACUUAUCUUGAUAAGCUGGACCCUCGCGGACAGAAACGGAUAUCCCAUUAGCUUUAGACGAGCAAGGGCGAUAACCAUAUAUUUUGUCAAGUAUAGUGCGUGUUUUUUAAUUGAAUUGUGAUACUCUCAGUAUUUCACGUUACGAUUUUUAUAACCACCGGUUUCUGACGAAGGGUAUCAUCUUAAAUUCUCUCUGACUCUGAUGGGGGUAUGGUAGGUUUGCAGGGGGUGUGCUGUCAGGAGUUAUCUUGUCAGCAAGUUGCAGCUUUCGGUGAAGAAGUUUUUCAUCUUAAUGGAAUAGUCGAUCUUGCUGGUUAGAAAGGCCCAUUGAUCUUACAGCCUGAAAACUCCUUACAGUUUCCGUUUCGAGUGAGCUAUACAGGCGCUAGGCAACUCAGCAGAAAAUCUGAUUUACCGCGAGGAUAAUGUUAUACCUGAAUAUACUUUUAUUCAAAAUCGCCGUCAGGCUGCACACGCAGUCGCAGGCGCUGGUUGAAGUAGUGACCAUUACUAGGCCUUCCGGUGGAGUUCAGGAGUAGGUAAGCAACAAAAAUCAUCAGCGUCCAUCUCUGAAAUUACAGACUCGGAUGUUCUCAAUCACCCUUAACUAGGUCAACUAUACUAUUUGUCUGCCCGUGCCUUGUGGCAAGCUUUUGUUGUGGAGCAUGAAAUAAUUAACUUGAGCCUUAUCUUCAGAGAUAACAUCAGCUCCGGUAGAUAUUUUACUCGGGAAACGCGCCUGCGGAGACAGAUGAACGAUCACCUGUGUCACAUGGUGAAUGAUUGAUCCCCGGUCCACGGCAGGUGAGCAAUUGGUUUGUCAAUGAAAUAUAGGGCAGCAGAGGUACCGUGCUUGGGAGAUGCCCCGGCGUCAUUUUAUCUUCUAUAAUGAGAAUCGGAAUGAUGGUCAUUUUAACUGGCGCUAACUGAUCCCACUUCCCUACUACAUCGGGUACUUAGGACUAUUAUCGACUUGGAGGACGUAGAGACCAGUCAAUGAGCGAACAACUACAGAAAAUAUGUGUUUUUUUUUUACCUUUUUUUAAAGCCGUCUAUUCUUCUUCAUGUCGCUCAUCAUAUACAGUAUUACAAUUUAAUUUUAAUGCAUCAUUUUUGGGUUAAACUUUUGCUGUAAAACAAAUACAAACAUACUACGGGACAGAGAGAGACAGAGAGAGAGAGACGAGCCGACUGUAUAAAAGUUAAAAGUGUGCUGCUCACCUGAAGGUGACUUCAUUGAAAGUACAUGCAUGUCAGAUAGUAGGUAACCUUAUGUCACAGGGGUAGAUGAGAUACAUUACAGGAGACGUGAAUCUGUGCAGUCUAUUCCCCUCCGUGUUUCAGAGAGCGGUCCAAGGCAACAGUGUUGGGGCUGCACACAGGCAAACAAUAUCCCACCCGAGCAGAUAAGGUGAAUCUAAUCAACCUGCAAUUGCAAAUCAAUGCGCUCGUCCCGACCUCGGCACGUAUGCUGGCUGUUUAACAUCAUUAUGAAAACAUAGAACGCCAUUACUGCAAGACGGGAGAGCAGCCAGUUCCAACUACAGGUCGCCAGAGAGCACACAGGAUAACGAUUUCUCUGACGGGAGAAGUCCACCAAGAUUUCCGGUGGGACUAAAAUGGACGUGGAUCAAACCAGCCUUGUGAUCACCGCAUCAGUUGCAAUCUCCGAAGCACUAGGGACGAUCAGGUCCAAUUAACGGGGCAAUAACCGGACACCCUGAAUAUGCGUCAACAUUGGCGUCUACUUCAUCUUUCAAUGGAUUCUACCGCCAGCUGAUCGACAUGAGGAACGGCACUCUCAGGGUCGUCACCAUUCUGGAGGCACCAUUUACCAUGAAGGAGAAGACAGCGGACGGGAGCUACAAGUACACAGGCUUCUGUGUGGACAUGAUAAACGAACUAUCGCGCAUGCUCAAGUUUGAUUACGACUUGUACGAGGUGCCUGACCGAACCUACGGUGCCAUGACGGAUGACGGGGAAUGGAGCGGGAUGGUUGGACAGCUGGUAAAUGACAAAGCUGACAUCGCUCUUGCCGCAUUCACUAUCACAUCUGAGAGGGAGCGUUACGUCGACUUUACGGAACGGUACAUGGACUACGGUAUCGGCUUUCUCAUGAAACGAUCCAACAAAGAAAAACAGAACUACUUCGCCUUCCUGCUGCCCUUCCAGCCCGUGGUGUGGGCCUGCCUUCUGGCCGCCAUAUUUGUGGUCGCCAUCAUGCUUUUCAUUACGUCACGCAUUCGGAUCAAACUGAACAUUGCAAAUCCGGAAAGAGACAAUGACCGGCAAUUCAAUAUCCGGAAUUCCAUCUGGUUCGCCUACGGAUCUUUGGUCAGAAAAGGCGUGGAGCCGGCUCCGCGGUCCCUGCCGGUCCGUAUCAUGGCGGGCACGUGGUGGCUGUUCGGUCUGAUCGUCAUCUCCACCUACACCGCCAACCUGACUGCCUUCCUCACCGUUAAGCGCCUGGAGCAGCCCAUCAGGUCCAUCGACGACCUGGCUAAACAGACGGAGAUUGCCUAUGGCAUUCCCACCGGCGGCGGCCUCUACAGCUUCUUCCGCAGCCAACAAGGUACAGGGACGAUCUACGAGCUGAUGUGGAACUACAUGAACACUGAGCCUACAACUUUCGUCAAAGGACUGACAGGGGGUGUAGAAAGAGUCAGACAGGGUGAAUUCCUGUUCAUGUACGACACACCCAUGCUGGAGUACCUCAUCAAGAAGGACCCCAACUGUGAGCUGAUGAUGGUGGGGAAGCCGUUCCGCCAGCUCGGCUACGGCCUCGCCACGCAAACCAGCAACAGGUUGUCUCACGAGAUCUCGCUUGGAAUCCUGCACCUGAAAGAGAACGGCAAGAUCACGGAGUUGCGGGACCGCUGGUGGCCGAAGGUGGGGUGCUCCAUGGACGGGUCGGAGUCGGAGGCGGCAGCGGAGGGCCUUGCCUUGGACAGCUUUGUGGGCGUGUACAUCGUGGUGGCUGUGGGUGGCGCCCUGGCCAUGGUGGCUGCACUAGCCGAGGUUUCCUGGCACAGCUACUGUAACAACAGGCCCAACGUACCCACGCAACAGGAGGACACAAACAACACUGUCUCUGAGCAGAGGAAGCUGACAGAGGAGGUUUUAAGGGGCAUAGACAACGGAACCCUUCAGAUCCUCAUCAGAAAAACGCCCCCUGUAAUCGACACAUGCCCAGCACACAACGGAGGUCCGCCGGACAUAAAGUCUGAUGGCAAAUUCGUCUAACUGGUUGGUCAGGACACAGAACGGGACUCAUCAUGAGCAAUGCUAUCAGUGUACGGCGAACGGCUGAAUUCAAUAUUUUUUACCCGAUACCUAGUGUCAAUCGUCUGUACAUGGUAUGUGAAGCAACAUGAUCGUGAUGUGCGAGAUCGUCUGCCUGUCGACACAUGGACCAAAGCGAUCACAGAAUGACUGCUUCUUCGUCUCUCUCCAUGUUACAGUGGUGGUAAAAGAAUACUAUACAAUAUUCUACACUUUGACUCUGAAUGAGUUCCGGAGGCAGAUUGUAAGCCGGCGAUGUAACCUGAACGGAACUGAGAAUUACGUUCUUGAUAUACAGGACUUACUUUUUUGCAUCAUCUACAAUUCUGCCUUUGGAGAUGUGGAGACUGCAACGAAUGAUUACUGAGCAACUGCAAAACAGUUGGUCAGAGGAUGAAGGCCUUAAAAUGUCAGUGGGUACACAUAGUGCAGACGGACAUGACAGUCUGAGAUGUGAAGAGACUGUAGAUGUAAUGACAGCUCAUAACAACGUAUCAAGCUUGCUGCUGCACUUCCAUGUAAUCCCGAAGGACAUGACAAAUCGUGACCAAACGUACUCUACCUUGUAACUGUAUGUGGCUCUUCUAGCAUAACAAAUGCAACCCUUCCUCCCUAAAGGCAAUUUCCAAAGUGUAUAAUGAAGAAAUUUGCUACAUAUCAUAUUGUAGUACCCACAUGAGGUGAAAACGAUCAAUUCUGUAAUGUUAUAUCGUGUGUGUCUUUCGAAGACAUGUGAUGACACAGUGAUCACGUCCUCAUGAAGUGGUUGUUCAGUCACUGGUGAUCUUCUGUGAUGCAGCCAUGCACUUGAACUAAAGCAGCAGAUCUAGAAUGCAAUGAAUGUCAACACAAAAAUGAGACAGUUUUCUUGCAAUCUGAUAGACAAGAGCCAAGAGCAACCCAUAUUUCUCCAUUAGUAAGAGCUGAUUUCGUCACACUUCAAACAAAAAUCAGUAAGUUAAUGAAUACAAACAGACUCAACAAAUGACGAGCCUGAUAUUCCACAGGUCUGAUACACCUAUGAUCUACAUGGCUGGCAAGACAACUUCCUACGUUUGGCAAGUAAGAUAAUCAAGUCUGCAACAAAAGAUUGUCUAGGCACACGCAUCAGGGACAGAGCAAGAAAAGUGUCGUCUGAGAAAAAACUCUGAGUGUCCACUUAAGGUACUCGAAGAGCAGACCUCAUCCCAUUGGUGCAGAUUGCUUAUUAUGCUCACCAUUCACCAUAAGAACAUAUCCUCUGUAUCUCAUUAUGUUCAUUCUAUGUACCAUAUGGUGGUACAAGUUUUCUUUGAGGACAACAUAGGGAAGAUGUAAGAAUUAUGAUCACUAUAUACACCAAUGUGACUCUUUGACAAACAUAAGCCAUUGCUUUAGAGUAAAUCUUUUUUUAAUGAUUAUGAUGCUUUAAAAUAAAUUGUGGGCCAUGGUGUAUAUUCUAGAGAUACUAAUGAGACACUUUGACAGGAGUUUUCAGAUGCUUUUUCCUCUGAGGGAAAAAUGGUGAAACUGAAUAAUAUGAAAUAUAUAAAACAGAUGUAUAAUGAAGCUCCUUUGGUCACAUGAGGUGUUGGUGUAAUGAAUUCCUGCCACAUUCUAUCAAAAUGCCAUCAAUAAAGUAGAAUUUCUA